UUGAUGGUUGCUUAAAAAGUUUAAUCAAUAUGAUUACUUUUAAUGUUGUUACUCAGCUAUUGGUUUAUUUUGCAGCCUGAAUCCUUUUGUUCUAAAGAAUGUCCUGAUGGAUAUAUGAAAAAACAGGAAGGAGUCCACAAAUGCUGCUUCAGUUGUACAAUCUGUCCCAAAGAAACUUACCUGAACACUACAGAUCCUUAUAAGUGCAUCAAAUGCAAGGACACAGAGUGGUCUGCAGAGGGGAGUACAACAUGCAAUAUACGGCAGCUGGAUUACGUAAAAUUCAGCGAUCCUGUGGCAAUAGGUAUCAUGAUUGGGACCAUCAUCUUAUUGGCCUUCAUUGUAGCCAUAUCUGUUCUCUUUGCCCUCAACUACAACACACCGGUUGUCCGAUCUGCUGGAGGUCCAAUGUGCUUCCUCAUUUUAGGAUGCCUCAGCCUGUGCAGCAUCAGUGUUUUCUUUUUCUUCGGUGAGCCCAGUGUUGCGUUUUGUGUCUUAAGGUAUUUUCCAUUUCUGUUGUUCUAUACUGUUUGUGUGGCGUGUUUUUUUGUGCGCUCCUUUCAAAUUAUUUGUAUUUUCAAAUUAUCCGAAAAUUUUCAUAAUAUCUCUGGGAUUUGGACUAAAUAUAAUGUACACUGGAUGUUUAUUUCUGCUGCAUUUUUGCUCCAGGCCAUUUUACUUAUCAACCGUUUUUCCCUUGACCCCCCAAAACUAUUCAAACAUAAAUUUUACUUUGACAGAAUUAUACUGGGCUGUGAGCUUAAUACAUUUGUAGAUGGCUCACUCAUCUCAUUUAUUUUAAUAUUUCUAAUGAUUUUUCUUAGUUUAGCAGGAAAGAACUUUCCAAAAAAUUACAAUGAAGCCAAAACAAUAACCAUUUCUGUGUUAUUGCUGAUCGUUAUCUGGGUUAGCUUUUCAACUUUGAAUAAUUUUGCUGAUGUAAAGUUCAUUGAUGUUAGUCAUGCUGUGGCAACACUCUUAAGUCUUUACUCUUUUCUACUUGUUUAUUUUUUUCCAAGAUGUUACAUAAUCAUUUUCAAACCUGAAAAAAAUACUGAGCAGUACUUUCAAGAUGUCAUUCAGUCCUAUACCAGAUCAAAUAGCCAGUAAUUAUAAAUGCACAACUCUGAGUGGUUGUUGACAUGAAGCUCAUGGCUUUAAGCCUUCUGAGUACCUUUAACUUUAGAAUUUAGACUUUUUUCUGCUAACUGUUGUUCCCAUAUCGGUUUAUCCCUUCAGGGGUUGCCACAGCAUAUCAGAUUUGCAGGUGGUUUGCAGAGAUUUUUACACCAGAUGGUAGGUAGGCUCAUGUUAGGUACAUGGUAGGUACAUAAGUGUACCUACAUAAGUGUUUAGACUCAUUUUACUCACUUUGCGUAUAAUUUCUUGUGUUCUUUGUUUUGUUUUCAAUUUUUAAUCAUUUCAAAUAUAAUAAAUCUCUGUAGCUUCAUCUAUAGUAUAUUGAUUGAUUUACAAUAAAAAAAAAUAUGAGCCACAUAUGUAUUCACAUAAUAACCUGUAUACCUUAAAAACGUUUUCAACAUUUUUUUUGUCAUAUCUGCCUGCUGAUUAACAUCUGUAACAUAAGAAAGAUAAGUGUUCAUUUAUCAUUUUGUUGAUCUACUUUUGUCGAUUAAAUUGUUUUUUAUUUUUUUGUCAGAUAAAGCAAAUGUGACACACUCAAUAUAUACGAAAAACCGUUUUUGUGUUGGUUAAGGUACCGUUAGUUGGAGGUUUAUGCCCACCAUACACAUGAACUAUUGUUUUUUUGGGAAUAAAUUAGAAUACAGGAAUAUACAGA